AUGUUGCACUGGCUCAACAGGGAGCUUUGUUCUCAGAUAGCUUUCUUCUUGAAUCAGCACGAUACGCUCAGUUUUGCCUUAACUUGCAAGGACGUGGCUUCUGCCAGUCUUCCUCGGCUCUACCACAAGGUGGUGGUUGAUGCAGACUACACAGAGUUCAGAAAGGAGUACGACGUGGCAUGCACGUAUAUCAAGCUGCUGUACAGCUUCAAGAAGCUUGUGUCUCGGUACACGGGCAAGUAUCCUAUUCACGUGUUCGUGGUGGCCAAAUUGCCAGAUACCAUGAAGACUUUUGACGAGAAAGUGGUGGGCCAUCUACUUCAUUUCUUUCCGACAUUGCAUCAUCUACACACCUUGCAUUGGUUGCUGGACAACUUUUCCUUGGAGUAUUUGCGGCUCUUGCCGAGUCCAGAGGUGGUGAGGGAGCUCAGGUUGAAUUUGAACCAGCGAGAACAUACAAGAGAGUUUGUGCCGUUUGGGUUCACCAACCUCUCGCAUUUCCAUGCCAGGCCGUUUGAUGACAUGAAAAGGCUAGCCAAUCUCGUCAACGAUGUACUUUGCUGUGCGGAUGUGGACAGAUUAGGGCACACGCUUCAGAGCUUGAAGCUCUCAAGACAUGGAUUAUCAGAAGAGAUUUGCCCCUUACAUUCACGUCAUUUGGAUAGGAUUUUUCGAGAGGAAGCUGCAUGGCACGCUCAGCAUUCGCUGUUUCAGGGCCUACGCAACAUUUACUGCCUCUUUAACCACACGAAAUUGCACAACGUCAGACUUGCACUCACAGAGUUGUGCUUAGACGACCUUUUUGUCUACAGAGCUGACGCAGAGGUACUUGCCAAGGCGACCGAUCUUAGUGUGCUUCGAAAGCUUGAGCUCAGAAAUAUCCAUGAGUUCGCCCAGUGGUCCUACGAGCCAGAGGUCCCGAGCUUUCUCCAAUCACUAGCACCUCUUGUCACCGAAUUGACCCAUUUGCGACUCGAUUACAGGGAAACAAGACGCGACAGUGUCCCCAGCAUGCUAGCCAGCUGCCAAAAUCUUGUUGAGCUAGACUUGGUCAUCAAAUUAAACGAUGUCAAGAAUCAGUAUGUCGAUCCCGAGGAGCUGUACUUGGAAUAUGCCCAAAGAUUGCGGGAACUCACGCAGUUGGUCAAGCUCCUGGUGGAGUUGAACGAAGAGCGGCCCUUUGGUGAUGUUUCACUUUGUACGCCGGUUCAAAUCAUCCAGAGCAUAGGAAGAAUGCCUAACCUCCGGUUCCUUCGUCUAAAUCCAACGGACUCGGGCCAGAGCCUCAAACAGUUUCUACAUAUACUCAAAAGACUCACACGGCUUGAGAUCCUUGAUGUUUUUGGAACCAGAGCUGGUGGAGCUCCACACAUGGCCCUUGGAACCACACAUCCGAAUAUUUACGACGAAUGGUUGAAAGUUCAGCACGUGGCGUUCUUGUUUGGCGACAGGCAGGACCUGCUCCGCUACGUAAGAAUCAACAAGUGUGUGUUUGAGUACACUGAGACAGCAGAGCCUCGAGACGAGAUUGACAGGUGGUUUGAGGCACAAGUGAGGGUAGGAGAAUAA